GUUUAAACAAGCUCCUAAACAAUGGCACGAAAAAUUUGACAAUACAAUGAUGUCAAAUGGUUUCAAAAUAAAUAAAUGUGACAAAUGCAUAUACUACAAAGCAACCAAAAAUGUGUAUGUUUUGCUAUGUCUAUAUGUAGAUGAUAUGCUCAUUAUUGGAAGCAAUAAAUAAAUUAUCAAUCAAACAAAGAACAUGCUCAAAGGGACAUUUAAGAUGAAAGACUUAGGAUUAGCAAAUGUCAUUCUCGGGGUUAAAGUCACAAGAAAUUCAAAUGAAUUACCUUAACCCAAUCUCAUUAUGCUCAAACAAUAUUAGAGAGAUUUAAAAAUUACUUUAAUAGUACGGCAAAAACUCCGUUAAAUCCCCAAAUGCACUUGACAAAGAAUUUAGGUGAAGCGGGUUAACAAAAUGAGUAUGCACGUGUGAUCAAAAGUCUCAUGUACUUGACCAAUUGUACUAGACCAGAUCUAGCGCAUGCAGUAAACGUACUUAGUCGAUACACAAGUAAUCCAGGUCAUACACACUAGAAAGCUAUAACGAGAGUACUCAAUUACUUGUGCUACACCAAAGAUUUUGGGCUUCACUAUGGUAAAUAACCAGCAGUUUUAGAAGAAUACAGUAAUGCGAACUGGAUAUCACAUUCUAAAAACUCAAAAUCCAUAAGUGGAUAUGUCUUUACACUAGGAGCAGCAACAAUAUUAUGAAAAUCUACCAAACAAACAGUGUUAGCCAUAUCCACUAUGUGAUAUGAGUUCAUAGCCUUAGACAAAGCAGCAGAAGAAGCUGAAUGGUUUAGAAUUUUUUUGGAAGAUAUUCCUAUGUGGGAGAAACAUGUGCCAGCUAUACGCAUACAUUGUGAUAGUCAAUCAGCUAUAGUUCGGGCUCAGAGUAAUCUCUACAAUGGUAAAUCUCGUUACAUCAGAAGACGACAUAAAACCAUUAGACAACUUAUCUCAACUGGUGUAAUCACAAUAGACUACAUCAAAUCGGCUAACAACCUAGCGGAUCCAUUUACAAAAGGUUUGCCACGAGAUGUUGUUGCUAAAUCAUCAAAAGGAAUGGGUUUAAAGCGUAUAACGAAGGAGGAUGUUUGAUUGCAACCCUACCUAUCAUGACUGGAGAUCCCAAGAUGUAGGUUCCAAGGAAAAACAAAAUUAAACUGAAUCUAACCAAAGCACUUGAGACAAGUCUCUUCCCAGCUCUUAAGAUGAUAAAAGUGCUAACAAAUGUGAGAAGGAUAAGCAUAAGCUUUUAAUGAUUCCAUAGCUUCCAAAGCAGAGUAUUACUCAAUACUUUUCAUGGUCAAUCACCUAAUGAGUGUGAAAUGGGGCCGUUUCUAGGAGAAUGAUUGCAAGGCUAUAUUCUCUAAGUUCACUCAUGAAAACCAGGAAUAGUUCAGGGCCACAAUGGACACAAUAGAGAACUAAGUUCUUCGAGAAAAUAAAGCUGCGUUAUGCUUGUUGUCUCGGUCUACAUAUCGGUUGGUUCAAGACAUCAUGUUCAUCUUCUGGUAGAGUAAACCCGACAUAUAUUAACUAUGAAUGGUUCAAGGCUUAAAAUGCCACCAACUCAAACACAGUGAAUUUUUUGCAAACGCUCUCGAUAAGUCUAUCUAGUCUAGUCAAGAUUAGAAUAAGUAGAGUUUUUAAGAGUAUAUUGAGUCUUCAUAUGUUUAGAGUCAUUUAUAUUCAUGUGGGAGAUUGUUAGAUUAAUUAUUUAAGAUCAAUGGGCUUUUAAAUAAUUGUAUGAAGUGAAAACGAAAUGGGCCUCAUGGCAAUAAGGAAAAGCCUAUUGGCUUUAAUGAAGAGAUAUGAGAAACAUCCCACAUCGAGGAGUAGCUAGAGAAAUGAGCAAUAUAUAUAAGCUCAUGUGCUAUGAGUGUGUAAACAGCUUGGAGAGAGGGGAAGGCUCUCCACGCGCGGCGGCCGCUGUCCGGCCGACUCGGCUCGGUUCAGCGUGGGCUUGGGCAUGGGUCUUGGGUCUUGGUGGAGGGCCUCCGGCCCAAUAAGAUUAUUUUUGGACCAAGUUAAGCUCAACGUUUUGCCUUUCAUUUCAGGAACAACAUGCAAUUUUAUUUAAAACGAUAAGUAGUUUGUCCAGAAAAUAAAAACGUCAUGCAUUUUAUCCUCUCGAAAGUUUUAAACGAGAUAAGAGAGUCUUGGGGCAUAAGUUUCGCAACUCAACUUCCCUCGAUCUCCGCGAGAUUCUCGCCCACGUGCAGCAGCAGUUGCAGGAAGUGGGUUUUCUCUGUCUCUUUAAAUAUCGCCUCUCCUCUUCAUUCAUUGUUGUAUCCUAGGACUCUAUAUUCGUACAGUCUCGUCUCACUAACGGAGCGAAUAUUUUGAGUUAAGAAAAGAUAUCAUAUUUCGACUCCAUGUUUGUUUGUGAAUACGAUUUCUUAUCGUUCUUGUAUUUGUUUUUUUUAUAUUCGUCUGUUUCCUUAACUUCGUUUUUAUUUUAUUGUUUACGUCAGUCCGGUUUACCGGCUUCUACAGAGGAAACAAACAUCAGUCAAAAGACGUUAAAGCAAGUGUUCCACGGUCUCGAGAGAAGGGUUAAAUUUGGAAAUAAUAGACCUUAGUGAAGAGGUCAAGGGAAGCAUAAGAAUGAACUUGACUGAGUUAAGGGACCAAGCUUGGCUGACAAAACCAGCUGGAUUGAGCUCAAGUCUAGAUAUUAGCUAGCUGGAUUAGUUCAAUCAGUUGAAUGUCUAAGCUCAGCUAGCUGCAGUAGCUGCUAGGAAGCUCAAAUCAGCUUAAGCCUAUUAAAAUAUAAUUUUAAUUUUUUAUAUUUUCAUAGUAUUUUUUUUGCAGGUGUUUUCUUUAAUGAAUUUCAUUUUUCCCCUUCAGAAUUUUAAAAUUUAGAUCUAUAAAUUUUAAAUGUAUUUUUUGUGUUUAUAUUUAAAUAAAAUUAUAGAUUCAAACUAUGUUUUGCUUUGCUAUUUUAGCGUAAAUUUAAAUUUUUGAAGGUUUCAGAUUUUGAUUGAAUUUUUUUACAUUUUCUAGAUAUAUAUAUAUAAGUUUCAGAUUAGAAAAUUAUCUGAUACAAUAGUCUACUAAUGUUAUUUUAAUUUUUUUCUCUUGUGUUUUUUUCAUAAUUUUGUCUUACCCUCCCAAUAUCUGAUACAAUAGAUAUUAAUUGCAACUUUAAAUUAUAUUAAACUGAAAUUAAAGAAACUUAACAAAUUUCUACCAACUUUGAGAAUACCUUUUCAUACUCAAUAUUUACAAAAUAUUAUCCAAUAUAUUAUAUAUAGAAGCAAAAAAUAUAUGUGAAGUAAAAUCCUUUAUUAAAAAAAAUAAUAUAUAUAUAUAUACUGAACUGUUUAUUAUAAAAGCAAAUCUACCAAAUCUACACAAGAUCAGCAGACGACCACACUCAUUUCUCGAACCAAUUCGACAUUUGAUCACAAUAAGUCUGGACUAAUUUUUCUCUUGUUUUACUCACAUUUUUUUAGAAAAAUUUCUUAAGAUAGUUUUUUUAAGUUUAUUUUCACAAAAAUAGCAUUCAAUGACCAAAAUAAAAAUAUAUUUUUAUCUUACGGUUAACUAAUCUAAAUCUAGGGUUUAGAGUUAAAAGGGUUUGAUUUUUAAGAUAGAGUUUCAAAAUAAAAUAAAAUAAAACUAUUUUGGUCUUUUUUUUCUUAAGCUAUCUUUGUAACAAAAACUUCAAAAUAAUAGCUAUUUUUAUAACAAAAACUUUAAAAUAUCUAUUUGAAAGAAUUUUUCUUUUUCUUAUAAGUUUUUGUUUUUUCAAACAACUUGGUUUACUGCUCUAAUCCUUUUACAAUUCUUGGUGUAACACAGCAACGACAUUAUCAGUCACAAUGUCUACCUACUACUAGAGACAAAAUCGAUUAUAAACAAAUCAGAAAUUUAUUAUAGUUUCGAUGUAACAGUUGGUACCUGCUAAUAUGGAUCUGGAAAAUACACUAAUAGGUAUAUAUUAAAAUAUAAAUUGUCGUAAAUCUAAUAGAAAAGUGUGUUGAGGAAAGGACGUAGAGGUUCGAAAUACUGACGUGCACACACACACGUGAGAGGCAAAAACUGUAUUUUAGCCGCAUGAAUCUCGUCUCCUGUUUUAUUACAAGGUCAACUUCUGGUCUCUCUCUCACUUCUAAAUCUUACUUAAUUAGUAGAUUCUGAUUUCAAAUCUAAGCCAAUUAAUAAUUAAAUAAACGUAACUUCAAAUUCAAAUAUUAAUUAUAAAAAAAUUUAAAAGCCUCGGUUUUAUGAUCACACACCUCACAUAGAAGCUUCUUCGGACUUCACAGUCUUCACUAUAUAUCUUUUGACUGUUUUCUCAAUCUUACCACUGAAAACAAACACAAGAAGCUCAAAAUCGAAUGGCGUCGAUCACCUGUUCCUCUGACCAACGUCUUUCCACAAGCAAGAGACGUUUAAAGCCGUUGAUGUUAAGAGAUUACUUACUCGAUGACCUCAGCUCUUGUUCAUCCAACGGCUUCAAAUCGUUCCCUCGUCGUCAACCUCCUUCAUCAUCAUCCACCGUUCGUCGUCUCCUCGACGCUGAGAUCAAACGGUCAGGAUUGAGCCAUCAUCAUCACCACAAGCCACGUCUCACUAGACGAAACCGUACGAGUUGCGGAACGGCCAUAAGUCACGCCGUUCAUAAAGCUUCGACGGCGUUUCUCAACGCCGUGAAACUUAUACCAUUCCAUGCAACCGUUACGUCACGGAAAGGAGAUCAGAAACAACAAGGCGUUUUCUCUAGAAGUUUCUCUAAACGGCUCUUGAGCAAACGCUUCUGGAGAAAACCGGUAAGUCAAUCUCGCCGUGAAGUAACGGUCGAACUCGGAGACGGAGAGAUUCAAUGGUGGAUAUCCGCCGCGUUUUUCCCUGACGAAGAGAAUUUAGAUCAACCGCCCGAUCUGGUUUCUCAAAUCUCCGCCGUCGCCGACGAGGCAGCAACAUUCUCGGCCUCCGAAGCUGCGGCGGUCAUCACCACCGAGAAACUUAUCUCCGGUUGUGACUCGUCGAGUUCCGGUAGCGUGUUUUUCACGAACUCGUCGUCGUCGGAGGCUGUGCAGUCUUCUUCUUCAUCGGUCUCAUCACCGACGACGAGCGGUGAAGCUGAAGAAGUGUCGACCAGAAACGACGCCGUGGUUGAGAGCGAAGAGAGUUUAAACGCACGUGACUGUGACGGAUCAUCUGUCAACGGCAACAGCAUGUGUAACAGAGAGGAAAGUGUGAAUGAAGAAAAGGAACAACUUAGUCCAGUAUCGAUCCUGGAGUGUCCUUUUCAAGACGAUGAUGAUGAUGAAGAGGAUGCAAUCACUGAUCAUAUUUCCCACCAAAAAGAUACAUACGAGAAAACUGCAAGAAAAAGCAGGAGGUUUAAUGGUUUUGUACGUCUUGAGCCACUAAACUUGGAGAAAUUCAUAGAGAAGCAAGUAGAGAGUGAAGAAGAUGAGUACUCAUAUCACACUCAAGAAACAGAAGAGGACGAAUCAGAAAGCCGAGCAAACCGCUUGUUUGCUCUGCUGAAGUUAACAAUCGGUGAAACAAACAACAUACUACUGGCUUCUAACGUAGCGGAUAAUCUAUUAUUAGAUUAUUUUCAAGAAGAUAAUAUUGGGCCAAAAGAAGAGGCGUUAAUGGUGAAAAUAGUAGAAGAUUGGGUGAUGGAUAGACAAGAUGAGAUGUUUAUGAGCUGGGAAGUUAGAGAGAUGAGACAAGUUUAUGUGAAGGAAAUGAAAUGGGGUUGCAUUAAUGAGGAUGAGAGCGAGUGUGUGGUUGAAGAUUUGGCUAAUGGACUCUUCACUUUAUUGGUGGAUGAAUUUAUCAGCGACUUAGCUUCGUGAUAAAUAGUUUUUUUUAUAUGGGGGGGGCAGAGAGAAGUUAAGAUUUUGACAUUUUGUUGAAGAUUAGAUUUCAUAAUGUAUUAGAAAUAUGUUAUAUCAGAAUAAAACUAUAUGUUGUUUGACAUAAGGGGAAUACUUAUCAGCUUAUACAUUUGUUUUUCAAACUUAAGAGUCUAGAGUGAGAGUUAGAGUCCGUAGUCAUUAUGUGUUUAGUUCAUAAAUCUUUUUUUUAUUUCCUAUAGUAUUUUACACAAUCAAUGGAUUCCAUCUUUUCCUAAA